AUGGAUGAGACGGGGGUCCUUUGCCGUAGCAUUAGUCUCUACGUUAAGAGUUCUGGAGCAGGUUGGUGGCAACAUAUUUGCAGGGAGGCCAACAUCGCAGCCCAUGUAAUGGCACAUGUUGAAACAAGGUGGGAUGAGAGAAUGGUUUGGAUAGAUGAUCCACCGACUUGUCUUAUUUAUCAGCUUCAGCUGGAUAAUGUAGCCGCUUUCAUCUGA